CCUUUGCUCCGUGCACUUGGACAAACAUUCGCUGGGCGCACAGUAGCUCCCGGAGGCGGAAAGCAAUGACCUCAUCCUUGCGCUGACAGGUGUGGACACCCGAGGCCGAGCAGGGAGACGCCCGCAGCUAGGCCGAGCCCGACCGCACCUGCGCGCCCGCGGGAACCGGGUGCCCGCGCCCUGUCACUGGGCAGGAAGUGGCCUGGGCUGCGGAGGAGCGGCGGGGGAGCGGGGGUGGCGCGGUACCGGAGCCCAGCGCGCGGAGCCAGUCCUCAUGGCGGUCACCGAGGACGACCCCUCGGCCGUCCUGGAUGAGCUGUCUCGGAACUUCACCUACUGGGAGCCGGGCCCGGGCAACGGCUCGCUGUCGAGCGCCUGGUACCGCAGGAACCAGGUUCACCUUUUUGGAGUUUUGCUGUCUAUUUUAGGAAACCUGGUCAUCAGUAUUUCCCUAAAUAUCCAGAAAUACUCUCAUCUUCACUCGGCCCAGAAAGAGCUCGCAAAGCCGUACUUUAAGAGCGUGCUUUGGUGGAGCGGAACCCUGCUGAUGGCCGUAGGGGAGACGGGCAAUUUCGCAGCCUACGGAGUCGCCCCCAUCACUUUGAUCGCUCCGUUGGGAUGUAUGUCGGUUACAGGUAGUGCCGUAAUUUCUGCUAUAUUUCUAAGAGAAAAUCUGAGAGCCUCGGAUUUACUAGGUAUGACCGUGGCGUUUGCAGGAACAUAUUUAUUGGUGAAUUUUGCUCCAAAUAUGUCCCAGGCUAUCUCAGCAAGAACAGUACAGUAUUACUUUGUUGGCUGGCAGUUCCUGGUCUAUGUGAUCUUAGAAAUCCUGGUUUUCUGCAUCCUUCUGUAUUUCCAUAAAAGAAAAGGAAUGAAGAACAUUGUGAUCCUGCUCGCCCUGGUGGCACUCCUUGCCUCAUUGACUGUGAUUUCAGUGAAAGCCGUCUCAGGCAUGAUCACUCUUUCUGUGACGGGUAAAAUGCAGCUAACUUACGCCAUCUUCUAUGUCAUGCUUGUUAUCAUGAUAGCCUCUUGUGUUUUCCAAGUCAAGUUCCUGAACCAAGCCACAAAGCUCUACACGAUGACCGCAGUGGUCCCAGUCAACCAUGUUUUCUUUACAACCAGCGCCAUCAUCGCAGGCAUCAUAUUCUACCAGGAAUUCCUUGGUGCUGCCUCUCUCACUGUGUUUAUAUACCUUUUUGGGUGCUUUUUGUCAUUCCUUGGAGUAUUCUUGGUGACAAGAAAUAGAGAAAAUGAACAUCUACAACAGUCUUUUAUUGAUUUUGGGAAUAUUCCUGGGAAACAAAUGUUGGACAAAAUACAACCAGACUCAAAUGGCUUAUCCUAUGGGACCUUGCCUGAUGGGAGCGACUCAACACAGAGCCAAAGUGGAGAGAAGAAAGAAGCCUAAAAUGCCGAGAGGGAUGGCUGUUGGCCUGUUAUUCAAUACCACCUUUUUAAAAAAUUGCACAUGUUCAAUUUGUGUCAGCAGCUAUUUCACGCUGACAUGUGCGCACAUUCGAUUCAGUCCUCCCCCCCCCCCACUGCGGACAAUCAGGGCCCUCCUAAUCUCUAACAGUCUAAUGCUUUCAUGGAAUGUUACUCAAAGUGCUUCUCACACCCUAGCAAGCUCUCCCUAGUGAUCGUCUAACGGGCUGCAUCUUAAUGAGAGCCCGGCCGCUUGUGCAGGGUGUCCCACAAAAAAAAAAAAAUGUGCGCCCGAGAUUUGGCCAUAGAAGGCAUAGGCUGCUCCUCCACGCGGCUUUGCAGAAUCAGCCCCGUGGCUUCAACAAAAAACGCCCGCUGCUGCCACAACCUGUCUCGGGCGUCUUCUACAAGCCUUUCGUGAGGACUCCUUUCUGCCUGUCAAGAUGGAGAGUCGUCUUUUCAGAAAACCAACUCUGUUAAGGUCCUCCUUUGGAAAUAAAGGGCCUCAUUUAAAAAAGGAAGGAAAAAAACAGAAUUUACAAGUGGUGUUCUGUGAUUGCAUAUACUAAAAACUCAAAACCUG